UCCAAGAACUUGCAAGUUGCCCCGAAGGACCAGGCAGUGCUAAGGACCAGGCAUUGUAUAGCCCAUAGACCAAUUCAGUCUUUAUAGCUUUGACAUACUAGGCCUAGCAGCACAAGUACUCCACGUUACAACAAGAUGGGAUUUCUGGAUGGUUUGACACGAAGGAAAGCUUCCGUCCUUGUACCGACAGGAGUAUUCUCUUUUGUGAUGCUUGUUGCCGGUACGUACUGGCUGCCUUCGACUGUACAGACCAAAAUAUACAAUGAGCCCGGAAGUGGAAUCCAAGCAAGUCGUUUACAUGCGCCUCUGGAGAGCAGUGUCCAUACCGGUAGGAAACUCGAGCGUUCUGAGUCACCCUGGCAACAGACUCCAAUUCUUGGGUUGGAUCAGGGUGAACGACAACAGGAUUCGAGCAAGGAUGAUCGAACACCAAAAACAGAAGCUACCUUGACAAACGAGAUUACUUCAGAAAACCCAUUGCUAGUAUUGAACCUUCCAAACAGUGGAGAGGUGACCAUCAAUCGGUACUUUAGAUGCGCUGGCCUUGAGAAACAUGAGCUUGGUCGCUUUUGGGCCAACACGAAUCAUGAAAUGGAGAUGGGCAAGUGCAUUGAGGCCAAUCUGAAGGUUGAAGACAACCAAGAUAAAUAUCCUCUUGAUGGUUGCGGGAACUUUCGCGUAUGGACGAACAUAGAGUACGUAUCCAAGUCGUUGCCCAGAUCGGUCGAACCUCGCCAUUGUUUCUUUCCAACACUACAACCAGAAACCCUUCGAAAGAUCUUUAAAGCACACCCUAAUGCCACCAUUAUUCAGGCCCUUGCAAACCCAGUGCGAUGGUACAAGUCUCUAUCCAUAGAUGUGAAGAAAAGAUGGCCCAGAUUUUGCAAUGAGAAUCAUGACAUCAAGUUCCCUGAAGCAUCGGAGUCAGAAGCUGACUGGGUCAAGUUCUACUAUGAUCAUACUAACAUGUUGCGAGAAAUUGUUAAGGAAUACCCAUCCUUGACGUACAUUGAAGUGGACCUGACACGUCCACAAAAGACGGCCGACAUGUUGCAGGCAUCGCUCGGAAUACCAGCCACUUGUUGGUUGGAAGCGGCCAAAGGGAAUCAGAGCAGACCCAGCUCUGUCAAUACACCAAUACUAGUUGCAUCGCUCCCCAAGAGUGCAACCAGUACAACACACGAUUAUCUGAACUGUGGGCUUGGCAACCUCCAAGGUGCUCACCAGUGGACAAGGAACGAAACCUCCAAUGUUCCAAUGCAGGUGGGGAGGUGCAUCGAAGAAAACCUGAGGCUCAAGCGCCCCAUAUUCUAUGAUUGUGGAGACAACCUGCACUAUUCGGACAUUGGAAUUGUUGAGCCAAGCCACUGUUUCUAUCCGACCAUGGAAGGUGGGCUAGAUGCAAUGUACGAGGCAUAUCCCUAUGGGACAAUUAUGAACGUUGUGCGAGAUGGUCGAGCAUGGUAUAGAUCAGCUCAGAAGCAUUACAAUUUGUUGGGCCGAUGGUCCAGCUUUUGCCCCAACUUUCCUGUCCAGGGCUCCACAGAAGAAGAAUGGUUGGAUUUCUACCAAUUCCAUACACACACAGUCCGAAACUUUGCCAAGCGGCAUCCAACCAUGACCUAUGUGGAGAUCAAGCUGGAGUCCAAUGAAACAGCCAAUAUCCUGCGGGAGACAUUCGGCUUUGAUGAUUCCUGCUGGGGCCACGCCAACCGCAAUAAAGAGGUCAGCAGCUCUGCGUAGGAAUUGUCCAGACACCCAUGUACUAGUAAUCAUAUUCGUAAACGCACUACACACUUGAGUAUAUGGUAGAUAUGGCAGGUCCCUUCAUGGUCGAUGCAAACCAGC